AUGGAGCCCUGGGUCUUCCACCUCCCAGCAGCUGCCACCAGGGUCUUGGUGAACCCGCUGGAGAAGCUGCAGGAGGAGGCAAUUUGUUCCAUCUGCCUGGAGUAGAGUGACCCCAUGAGCAUAGACUGUGGGCACAACUUCUGCAGGGCAUGCAUCACCACCUACUGCCAGGAGAGCCAGCGGGCCCGUGUCCUGCCCUCCGAGCCGGCGGCCUUUCACAGGAGCAAUGUCAGGCCCAACAAGCUGCUGGCCAAUAUCGUGGAGACCAUCAAGCAGCUGAGGCUGCCGCCAGCCAAGGGGCAGCCAGAGGCGCUCUGCGGGAAACGUGAGGAGAAGCUCAAGCUCUUCUGCGAAGAAGACAGGGAGGCCAUCUGUGUGGUGUGUCGAGAGUCCCUGUCACACUGGCCUCGCACUGUCUACCCCAUUGAGGAGGCGGCCCAGGUAUACAAGAUCAAACUCCAGAAAUCCCUGGAACUGUUGUUGAAAGAGGUGGAUGAAAUUAAGAAACAUUCAAUGGUGGAAAGGACAAAAACCCAGGAAUGCAAGGAGGUAGUUAAGAAAAAGAGAGAGAGGAUUGUGACUGAAUUUGGGAAGCUGCACCAACUGCUGGCUGAGGAGGAGAAGCUGCUUCUGCAGAAGCUGGAACAGGAAGAGAAGAUAAUCUUGCAGAGAAUCAAUGAAAACCUAACCAGACUUCUAGAGCUGAGAUCAUCUCUGGACAAGCUGAUCCUGGAAAUAAGGGAGAAGUUCCAGCAAUCAGCAGACAGGUUGCUCAAGGUGAGCAGUUGGGGGCUCUGUGCUGACCUGCUGAAACGUCUUCUUUCCAGGUGUGAAGCUGUGACAUUUCAGGCUCCAGAGGCUUGCUCCGUGGCACUGAAAGAGAAUUAUUCUAUCCCAGAGCAGUGCCUGAGCAUGAUGGAUAUGCUGAAGAAAUUCAAAGGUAUAGGGAAGCAGGUGGCUGCAACCCUGCUCCUGAACUGUGAGCUGGUGGGGAUGGAGAUGCAGCGGAGUUUCAUGGCUGAAGAAUUUCCAGGAAAGAAACAGGAAAGGUGA